CAAUUGGAAUAUCAUCGUCGAACGUGAGACAUUAUCUUGACAACCACAAUAUACUCAAGAUGUUGUCCCGUCGUAUGCUUUCUCGCGACGAGGAAGCUGCCAUAGGCGAGGAGAAAGAAGUUCGACGGGAAGAUCAAGAGAAAAUCAAUCGAUUCAGCCGUUUGCACUCACGUGAGAAAGGCCUCGAAGAGGACCUGAAGUUGAAGCAAGACAAGGAAGACCUCGAAGAAAUCUCAAGCGAACUUGAGCUUGCCGAUGAAGAUGUGAAAGUCCCGUACAAAAUUGGGGAUUCAUUCUUCAACCUUCCCCUGGAGGAAGUACAAGAGCUCCUCGCAGCGUCGGUUACUCAGAUCGAAAGUGAGGUCACAGCUACAGAAGAAAAGCUGGGCGAACUACGCGAGGAGAUGACAACUCUGAAGACUGCGUUGUAUGGUCGAUUUGGUCGAAGUAUCAACCUCGAAGCAUGAGAGCUGCUCAUGGACUGCAGCGGCUGCGCCU